AUGUUAGGCAAUCGUCAUUAUCAAGACAGUUUUCGUGCCAUUCAGAACUCCUCAAAAAACCACAAAUCUAGUCUUGAUCUAGCCAUCUCCGCUGUGUCGAAUAUAUUUCUCUCUUUCCUUUCGCGGCGGCCGGAGUUGGAGGAGUUGGGUGAAGAGCAAUUUGCAGUUGCUGUGUCAUUGACCAGGGCGGCUCUAGAUGAUCCGACGAAGAUUACUUCAGAUUCUACACUUAUUAGUAUUCUUUUAUUAUCUAAUUUCAGAUCUGUCAUGGCAUAUCGAUCACCUGUUAUUAUGCACUAUAUAGGACUUGCACAGAUCCUACGAGCACGGGGUCCUGAUUAUUGCAAUACCGAAAUAUCACAACUAUGCUUGCAGCAGGUUAGCGGGAGACUGGUUGACGCGGUUCUGGGUGGGUCCUUUAUUGAAACCAAUCAGCUUCUCGAAGCAUCACGACUACUACCAAAGCCAGUGCCAGAUAUUGAAGAAUCACCAAUCGUUCUUCUAUCCUCUUUCGUUCCACAUAUUAACCAACUCCGUCUGAAGAUGGAAAGUGUGUCUCUGGGCAUGGGAUUUGACGCGGAGAUCGUCGCCGAUAUAUUAUCAUUCGCAUUGGAAACAGAAAGCGAGUUAUCGAAGUGGCCUGAAAUGGUAAACCCGACAUGCCAACCUAUGCUAUCUGCGUCAUUACUGUCGGAGUUCCAGAGUAAAUGCCCUCAUCAUCCAGCCGAAACUUAUUAUCCACAGUGGGCAGAUGAAUACCCGUCUUUGAUAAUUUCUCAAAUUUGGAAUUCUUACCGAUGCCUACGUAUCAUGGUCAACACAUGCAUAUCAAGAUGUGCAGCCUUGACAAGAAAUUAUUCAUUGGCUACCUCUACCGAGCAAAUUUGCCAAGAGAUGGUGGACAACUUUUGCGCGUCAGUGCCUUUCCAUAUCGGGUCUUUAUCAAGUCGCCAUGCGAGUCAUCCUGGCAAUGUGCAAGGCAAUACCUCGCCCUCGAAAUUGGCGGCACUUGGUGCGAUGCUACUCAUGCCUAAACUACGCUGGAUUGUAGGCCAGCAUUUGACAUUACGAGGUGGCCAGAUGGAGUGGCUACAGUUGCAGCUGAGUGAUGUUCUACAGUUUUAUCGAAUGCAUGGUGUUCGAAUGUCAGAUGAUGUCGCUACUAGAGCCAGUCCGAUUUUAGCUCAAUGA